AUAGUCUACAUGGGCUGGACAGAAGAACGGGAACAAGACUCCCUUCAGGAUCGAAUGUACACACCAAAGUUUCUAGCACUGAGGGGAUCUUCCCUGUAUAAAUUUAUAGCACCUCCAGUCACAACUUGGGAUUGGACACGAGCUGAGAAAACAUUUUCAGUUUAUGAGAUAAUGUGCAAAAUUCUCAAGGACAGUGAUCUCCUGGACCGGCGGAAACAUUGCUUCAGUGUCCAGUCUGAAUCUGGGGAAGAUCUUUACUUUUCUGUGGAACUAGAGUCUGACCUAUCUCUAUGGGAAAAAGCCUUCCAAACAGCAACUUUUUUAGAAGUGGAACGAAUACAGUGCAAGACGUAUGCCUGUGUUUUGGAGAGUCAUCUUAUGGGACUUACCAUUGACUUUAACUUUGGCUUUGUCUGUUUUGAUGCUGCCACAAAGGCUGUACUUUGGAGGUACAAGUUUUCCCAACUCAAAGGUUCUUCAGAUGAUGGGAAGAGCAAAAUCAAAUUUUUGUUCCAAAACCAAGAUACUAAACAAAUUGAAGCAAAGGAGCUGGAGUUUUCCAACCUGUUUGCAGUCCUUCACUGUAUCCACUCAUUCUUUGCAGCCAAAGUGGCUUGUUUGGACCCUUUGUACGUAGGCAGUCAAGCCACAGCUUCUGCUGCUCCCACAACUUCUGGUACUGGCAAAUUAAAGUAUACUACUUGA